AAGUUUGUGACUUUGAGGCAGAUAUGUGUGGCUACACACAACUGCCUCUCCUGUUCUAUGGAAUUACACUACUCAGUGCAGACCAUUUUGGAUUACCUGUGAUCACACCACUGGCUCAGAAACAGGCCACUACAUAACACUCUCAGGCUCAGGUGGACCAAAUGAUGUAGCAUCAGUGCUAUCACCCAUGUAUGCAGUCUCCUCAGGUGAGUGUCUACAGUUCUACUACCACCUUCAUGGCAACAAUGGAGGCUCCUUAAAAGUCCAGCUGCACAUCAGUGCUGGUGCAUCUGUGAUCUUGCAAGCCCAGGGCGAGCAAGGUGAUCAGUGGAAGAAGGCUCAGGUCACAUUAAAAACCAUCAGUAGCUACCAGAUUUCCUUUGAUGCUCAGAUGGGUCCAGGGUCAGGUGAUGUUUCUGUGGAUGACAUCACUAUCCUGCCUUAUCCUUGCCCAUCUCCAGGUUCCUGUGACUUUGAGAGUGGCUUUUGCUCCUUCACUAACUCUCACACAGAUCAGUUUGACUGGAUACGUGGUUUUGGAGCUACAGCUUCACACUUCACUGGACCUAGUGUUGACCACACCACUGGCACUGUGAAAGGCUACUACAUUUUCAUUGAGAGCAGCAACAACCGUCCUGGUGACAAAGCACAACUUAUGAGUGAGACCCUAGACCCCACUCCAGGGAGCUGCUUAGUGUUCUACUACAACAUGAAUGGUGCAGGAAUGGGAUCACUAAAUGUCUACCAGUCAACUAAUUCCAGUCAGAAGCUAAUCUUCACUCAGACAGGUCAUCAUGGUGAUGUGUGGCUGCAGGGAUCUGCAGACAUUAUCUCUGCCACAUCUUACACCGUUAUCUUUGAAGGAGUCAAGGGAGCAAACUACACAAGUGACAUGGCUUUAGAUGACAUCUCAUUAGCACGGGGUACUUGUUCUCAGCAGUCAAUAAGCACAACUGCCACCACUUCAACUUCACCAUCACCACUGCCUGGUCUGAGCUGUGACUUUGAGAAAGGCUUUUGUCAGUGGACCCAAGAUACUACUGACCAGUUCGACUGGACACUACAACAUGGCGCUACUUCCACUUCCAACACAGGUCCCAUAUUUGACCACACACGAGGAAAUGUCCAAGGUUACUAUGUGUAUAUUGAAACUUCUCAGCAUGAUGCCAAUGACUCAGCCCGCCUUAGGAGUCAAACAUUCAGUACCUCCGGGCCCACAUGUGUGACCUUUUGGUACCACAUGUAUGGUGCUGAUGUGAACCAGCUGAACUUGUAUCUUGGGAGUCCUGGACAACUUGGUACUAAAAUCUGGACAAAGUCUGGCAACCAAGGCUUCAUGUGGCUGUAUGCUGAGGUUGAAGUAGGGGCUGUUUCUUCAUCACAGCUUAUAUUUGAGGCUUUGCGAGGUAGUGGCUUCAUGGGUGAUAUAGCACUGGAUGAUAUCAUUGUCCUGAAUGGAGCAUGCCCUGCACCAGCAUUUUGUGAUUUUGAGGACACCCAAAUGUGUGGUUAUACACAGUCACUAAGUGAUCAGUUUGACUGGACUUUGAAGUCUGGGCAUACUGCCUCUACAGGAACAGGUCCUGCAUAUGAUCAUACUUACACCACAGCUCAAGGUCACUACAUGUAUAUGGAUGCUGGGAGUCCCCACAUAGCUGGUGACAAUGCAGUAAUACUCAGCAAACCUUACAACCCAACUUCAGGAAGCUGCCUAUCUUUCUGGUACUACAUGUAUGGGGAAAAUGUCGGGACUUUAUUUGUGAUAAUUGCUCCUGUGGGCCAACAAGUUCCACUAUCAUCAUGGACUUUAGAUGGAGACCAAGGUGCCCAGUGGAACCUGGCUGUUCUCAGUAUUCAAAGCAUAGACAAAUUCCAGAUAAUGUUUAAAGGUACUGUUGGGAGUGUUGUUAUUGGAGGGAUUGCACUGGAUGACAUCCGUGUUACACCCACAAGCUGUCUUGCUUUGGCAGACUGUGAUUUUGAGCAGGGUGGGAUCUGCAGCUGGACCCAAAGUAAAAGUGACAACUUUGAUUGGGUUGUAAGCAGUGGAGAGGCAGGGUCCUUGUACACUAGGCCUUCUAGUGACCAUACAACAGGAACACCAAGUGGGGAGUACAUCUACUUGGAUUCAAGCGCCCCACAACAUCCAGGGGAUACAGCAGUUUUGACAUCUCAGAUACUUCCCUUCCAUUCUGAGAUUCUCAACUAUUGUUUCACAUUUUGGUAUUACAUGUCACGCAACACCGUUGGCACUUUAAAUGUCAGCUAUACCAUCCUUCCUGGACAUCCUGUGACUGGUUUUUCUCUUACUGGUAACCAGGGAAACUCCUGGAUCCAAGGGUUUUUGGACAUUCCUACACCAUUUGGAGCUUUUUUGCUGUCCAUAACUGGGUCAUUGGGCAAUGGUUAUCGAAGUGACAUCGCACUGGAUGACUUCAGGGUUUAUCCUUACACCUGCUCACAGGUUAAACUGUCCAUAAAUGCCUCCAGAACCUUCAUGUGCAAUGAUUCGGCCAACACAACAAUUACACAAGACAAAGUCUGCAACUUUAUUAGAGACUGUCCACUUCCAUACUUAGACGAAGCCAACUGUGGGGACUGUAACUUCCAGUAUGAUAACUGCCAGUGGACAAUCGACAGCAAUGGCAGUUGGCAGUGGAGCUCAGGGAGUGGCCAGUCACAUGAAAAUAACUCUGCUCCCAUGUUUGACCACAGUGGCAGCCCUACAGAAAAAUUCCUGUACCUAGUCAGGGGGUAUGGCACACAAAGUUCUUUUUCUGACAUGUACAGUAUUCAGUUUGGUCCCUGCAGUUCUACUUGUCAGAUGCAGCUGUACUACUAUAUUUCUGGACAAGCCUCUCAACUAAAAGUCCUGCUGCAACAAGGUGAGGAGAUGUCACUUCUGUGGUCACCUCCUCUACAAGGUGGUGGCAAGUGGAUGCAGGUCACAGUUGACAUAUUGCGUGUGUCUACACCGUUCAGGAUACACCUGCAGGGAUAUAUGGAUUCAAGUGAUAGCAUCGUGGCAGUGGAUGAUGUCCAGUUUAUAAACUGCAAUUUUCCAGUGCCAGGGAACUGCAACCUCAGUCAGAUUCAGUUCCACUGUCAGAGCACAGCCUGUGUCCCCAUGGCAGCUGUUUGUGAUUUCACUGAUGAUUGUGGUGAUGGCAGUGAUGAAGUUUCUUGCAGUACAUAUCCUUCACGCACAGACUUUGAGCAAAGCCUGGGAACAUGGUACAAUGACCAGUCUGGAUCAGACAACUUUGACUGGACCCGUACACAUGGUUCAACCAGCACAAGUAAUACUGGUCCCUCACGAGACCACAGUAGAGGAACAUCUAGUGGCUACUAUGUGUACAUAGAGAGUUCUGUUCCAAGGAAACCAGGUGACAAAGCUUGGCUUGUGAGCACUAAUGCCUUUAAUCCCACAUCAGGAUCAACAUGUAUUUUGCGUUUCUACUACCACAUGUAUGGAAAAACUAUUGGAAGUCUUAAUGUGUACACUCGGACAUCUCUUCUUGGUGGCUUAAAGCAGAUUCUCUCACUUUCUGGUAACUACGGUGAUGCAUGGAUGCGCGAAGAUGUGAUUCUUCAAGAGACAGAGGAAUUCCAGAUUGUCUUUGAGGGAGAGGUGGGCUAUGGUUAUCUAGGUGAUAUUGGUAUUGAUGACAUCUCCAUGACACCAGAUUGUCAUGUGUCCACAGAAUUGCUACCGACAGGCAUUUCUCCGCUGCCAACUGAGCCUUCUCCUUGUUCAGCAAAUCAGUUUGCUUGUGAUGGCAAUCACUGCAUCCCAAACUCCCAAGUGUGUGACUUUCAGCAGCAGUGCAGUGAUGGCAGUGAUGAGCUCAUGUGUGGUGACUGCUCAUUUGAAAAUAACCUCUGUGGAUGGAGAGAUCACAGCUCAGGACAGUUUGCCUGGGUCAGAAUGCCAUCUAACAACAGUGCCUCAACUGGAGGGCCCUCCUCUGAUGCUGAUGGUUUUGUAGGAGGUGGUCAGUACAUGCUAGUACAGCCUACUAUGGGUGUGACCAAAGACCGAGCCAAACUAGUGUCUCCUGUAUUCAAUGCUUCAGGCUCCACAUGUCACAUGGCUUUUCAAUACCAUAUGUUUGGUAUUAGUGCAGGGAGUCUGAUGAUCCUCCUUCAGAAAGCUUCAGACAUUGGCACAGAGAAUGGCAUUGAUCUAUGGCACCAUACAGACAAUGCUGGAAACACCUGGCAGUACUACUCUGUUGAUAUAGGACAGAUUGACUAUCCCUUUGUGGUCACAUUUACAUCGCUUCCUAAUCCUGGGUUUGGUGCCUAUGAUGUAGCAGUUGACAACGUUGACUUUCGUGGAUUGCCAGUAUGGUUUGAAUGACACAGGUUUAAGCAUCAACUGCACCUUUGACAAUGGACUGUGUGACUUUUUUGAAGUCCGAACUGAUAAUUUUGAUUGGAUAUGGACCAAUCAGAGCACACCAACAAUAGGAACAGGACCUGACCGUGAUCACACUUCAGGCACAG